UUAUGUUGAGCUAACUCCGUGCAGCUUAACGUCGGCGUCAGCGGCAGGGAGAAAGAGUCAAAGUAAGCAACAGGAACAAAGUUGUGGGACCUGAGUCCACAGUACUGCGGCGUUCACCCGUGAAAUGUAAUAACCAUCUCUCCGUUUCCCCAGAGACAGCCCCGCCGUGUUGCUCUACGAGACUACGGUAGUUUGUGUGUUCCGUUGCAUCAAAAAGGCGUCUCUUUUUGUUUUUUUGUGUUGUGUUAAGGGGGCACAUUGUGGAGACUGGAUGCGCUUUUGAGGACGGUUCCCUUUAAGUUAGGUCGUUAGUUAAGAAGAGUGCCUCGUGGGGGGAAAAAAUGCCUUAAAUCAAUUGGAUUUAUGUACUUUAUUUUUUAUUUUCUUUCAAACUUUUACAUAGAUUUUUUCUACUUGUGUUUGUCUGCCCAUACUGUACACGCUUUUUGGACUUGUUUUGAGGGAGCACGUCUCCUGACUCCUUGGUGACAGCAGAGGUGCAGAAAGAGGCCUGGUACCAGAAUUAUCCCAGUAGCGCACAAUUUCAACCUAUAAAGGCACUGAAUUCAUUGGCUACCAUGGCCUCGCACGGUGACAUCGCAGAGGGAGGAGCCAAUGAAGAGUUCAACGACAUCAUCAAGUGGAGAUCCGAUGAGCAUGACGCCGUACAGCAGAAAACAUUCACCAAAUGGAUAAAUGCACAGUUCUCCAAGACGGAGAAGACGCCUAUCAAGGAUAUGUUCUCUGACCUGAAGGAUGGGAGGAAGCUGCUGGACCUGCUGGAGGGUCUCACCGGCACUGUCCUGACCAAAGAGAGAGGUUCCACCAGAGUGCACGCUCUCAAUAACGUCAACAAAGUACUUCAAGUUUUGCAUCAAAAUAAUGUUGAUUUGGUAAACAUAGGAGGCACCGAUAUCGUGGAUGGGAACCACAAGCUGACCUUGGGCCUCAUCUGGAGUAUUAUUCUUCACUGGCAGGUGAAAGACAUAAUGAAGGAUAUUAUGUCCAACUUGCAGCAGACCAACAGUGAAAAGAUCUUACUGAGUUGGGUACGCCAAUGCACCCGUUCAUACCCAGAAGUCAAUGUGCUGAACUUCACCACUAGCUGGGCUGACGGCCUGGCACUCAACAGCAUCCUACACCACUUCAGGCCAAAUGCAUUCAAGGCUGGGAAGCAGGUGGUCAGAUUGUCAGCCCCAGUGGAGAGACUGGGACCAUUGCUUCGAGCUGUUGGGUAA